AAUGGCUUGGCGCUUCAUCAAAUCCUCUGAAUCAAAAACCCUAACCCUCUGCAACCCUAAUCGGAAUCCCAUCUUCUUCACCGCCCCAUUUUCCACCUCCUUCCUUGUCACCAAAACCCCCAAAAAGCUGAGGAAGAAACGCAAAACUAAAGAGAGCCCACGAACGAAGCUGGUCCAAACCCAACCGAACCGCAUCCCUGAAUUUGAGCGCAUCCUGGAGCGCGACAACAUCUUGAGGUUCGUGACGAGGACCAAGCAAUUCCUCUCCAAGCAACCGGAGCACGUCCUCCGCCUCGACGACGCCGGCAAGCUCCACCGCGAGCUUGGCUUCCCCCGCGGCCGCAAGGUCUCUCGCUUCAUCCACCAUCACCCUCUCCUCUUCCUCACUCACCGCCACACCGACGGCAAAAUGUGGCUCGGCUUCACCGACCUCAUGGAGGACCUUCUCUCCGAGGAACAAUCCAUCAUGGACUCCUUGGAGCUUAACCGCGUCGAUAAAGUUCGGAAAUUGCUCAUGAUGUCGGCGCAUAAGCGAAUUCCCCUUAGCAAGAUCCACCAUUGCAGAACCCUGUUUGGUAUCCCCGAUGAUUUCAGAGACCGGGUUUCCAAGUACCCUAAUUAUUUUAGGGUUUCGGUUGAGAAUGAUGGGAAGAGGGUGCUUGAGUUGGUGAAUUGGGACCCUUUGUUGGCUGUGAGUGCGCUUGAGAAGGAGUUCGUGGUUGAUGAGGAUAGUGCCAAGAGGAGGUUUAGGUUUCCUGUGAAAUAUGGUAAGGAUUUGGAUUUGGAGUUUGAUGAUACAAGGAAGCUCAAUUUGUUGAAUACACUUCCUUUGGUGUCUCCCUAUUCUGAUGGGUCUAAAUUGGAUGUGUGGAGCUUGGAAGCAGAGAAGUAUAGGGUGGGUGUGAUUCAUGAGUUCUUGAACUUGACUUUGGAGAAGAGGGCCUCUAUUCAUCACCUUGUGGAGUUUAAGGAGGAGUUUAGUUUGACUAAACAUACUUAUCAUAUGCUUCUGAAGCAGCUCAGAGCUUUUUAUUUGGCCGGAACUGAGAUGAAUUGGGUUGUGUUCUUGAAGGAUGCUUAUGGUGACAAUGGUGUUUUGAUUGACAAAGACCCCCAGGUGCUCUUCAACGAGAAGCUCUAUAAGUAUGCUCAGAUGAACGAAAUGGAAAAGCAACAUUUAACUUCAACUUUCUGAAUAACUUGUGUUGUGUUUUCCGGGAAGAAAAAUGUGUGCUGAGAUGAGAAACACUUUAAAAAGAAAGAGCAAUUCUGAUAUUGGCAUGAAAAAAGUGUCUCUUAAUAAUUCAAUCUAUGGUAGUGAUUGGCUUGACAGAUCCUCAUCAAUUCUGAGGAAGAACGAAGAAGACGGGGAGAAAUUUGAGUUCUAUGUACUGAUAGUGAUAGAGCCGCAUGCACUCCUUAACAUUGCACAUGAGGUGGCAAGGGUUGUAGAUUCCUCAAAUUUUUCAUUUUAUCUAGGCAUACGAAGUUCCAUAGUUUCAACUUUCAUCUACGAUGGAACGCCUCCUCAUAUAAUGGUUUUUGUUAUAUGAUUUUUUAAUAAUUGAUAUCAUACCAAGUUUUUCUCUAGUUAUUAGAAUAAAUUUUUAAAAAAUUAUAAUCUUUCCAUCACCGGUUGCUCUAUCUUUAACUUGAAAUUUAGAGAGUAAAUCUUCGUUACAAAAGUAAACUAUUUUGUGUCUGUC